GUAAAUGACGCUUGCGAAUGAGACCUAAUGUCUUUUGCGUUCAAACUUCACGUGUCUCUAUCCCCACUCCUAUCUCUUUUUCCUUCUCUUUUCAUUUCACCAAUUGGACUAUGCUUUCAUUCAUUGUUUCUCCUUGUCUAACACAUUUUGAUCCGUGCGCGAUGAAUUUGAACUUGCGGUUUAAAAGUAACAGAAAAGAACGGGACAAGGUGGCAUAAGAAGGAAGGGAACAAAGGAUAGUUUAUAAUCGAUCAUCUACAAUAAUAGUAUUGUUUGUUGUAAUCGAUAAUUUCUAUUACGGUGUUUAUUAUCAAAAGUGAAAUAUUUUUAAUAGGUUGAAUAACGUUUAUCAUAAAAUAAUAAUAAUAAACGAUGGAUGCAACUGAUAUAUUACAUAUUGAAAUCUUACAAAAAUCUGAGAGUGUAUUGUCAGAAGAGGAAAUACGAGCAAUGGUACAUAAUAAAAUUAUAGAAUUGGAGGAAGUAUUAUUAGAUGUAGAAUUACCGGAUGUCUUAUUUACUCAUGCUAAAGAUCAUAUUGAAUCUGUAUCAUGUGCCUGUAAUCAUGAAAAAACUCGUAUGAAAAUUGCUGGAGUCAAUUUACAAUAUCACAUAUAUAGAAUGACAGAAAGUGAAUCAGCCAUGUCAAUGAUAGAAAAUGGUAAUGAAGAAUUACCAGCGGCAAAUCAAUGGCUUUUACCUUCUAAAGAAUUUCAUUAUUUGUGGGAAAACAUGUAUUAUGAUUCGGAUAUAAAGCAAAAUUUAUUAAAUUUUGUGGAAACAGCAGUAAUAUUUUCUGAUAAUAAAAUAAAUCCUAAUAUUAUAUCAUGGAACAAAGUAGUAUUACUACAUGGACCUCCAGGCAGUGGAAAGACCAGCUUGUGUAAAGCACUGGCACAAAAAAUUGCAAUUCGUUUUGGACAUCGUUUUACAUUUGUGCAUUUAAUAGAAAUAAAUAGCCACAGUUUAUUUUCAAAAUGGUUCUCUGAGAGCGGAAAAUUGGUAAUGAAAUUAUUUGAUGAGCUUAAAACUCUUCACAAUGAUUCUAAUCGAUUAGUUUGUAUUUUAAUCGAUGAAGUAGAAUCAUUGGCACAUGUUCGUAAAUCCUGUGUUAAUGGUACUGAACCUACAGACUCCAUACGUGUAGUAAAUGCUUUACUUACCCAAUUGGAUCAAAUGAAACAUUAUCCAAAUGUUCUAAUUCUUACAACAAGUAAUAUGACUGAAGCUAUUGAUUUAGCAUUUGUAGACCGUGCAGAUAUAAAACAAUAUAUCGGCCAUCCCACAGAAGAUUCUAUAUACAAAAUAUAUAGUGCCUGUAUAAAAGAAUUAAUGAGGACUGGAUUGAUAGAACAAGAACAAUUAUUUAAUCUUGCUUAUCUUAAAGCUCAUGGUUACGAAGAAACUUAUGAGACAAAGCGCUGUUUAAUGCUAUUGGAAAUCAGUAAACAAAGUUAUGGACUAAGUGGACGUACAUUAAAAAAAAUACCAUUUUUAGCAAAAGCUCUUUUUAUACAUUCAAAAAAAUCUACAUUGGCUCAAUUUUUGAGAGCAAUGCAUUAUGCCAUCGAAAAGCAGAAAGAUGAUGUGCUGGAACAAUAAAAAAAAAAAAAUGAAAAGAAAAAUGAAAAAAAAAUGAAAAAAAAAAAAGAAGAAAAAGCCAUCUUUAUUUUUUUAUUACACGUAAUAAUAUUCAUUGUACAAAAUCUAAGGGAGAAAUAUUUGACUAAUAAUUUUAUUACGUAUUUUAAGUAUUUUACAAUAAUUCUUAAUCUAUUUAUUCGUACGUAACGAUAUAAGUAAUAAAAAAAAAAAAAAACGAAAAAAUAAAAAAGAAAUUUACAUAAAACAAACUCGUGUUUUUGAAUUUGAUAAGACGCAUCAUUAGCGCUCUCUGCUGGCAAAUCAAAACCCGGCAAGUUCUCCCACUCUACGUUCUUUCGUUUAAUCGAAGGCGCGAGGUGAGGGGAAGGAGCUGCGGCAUAUGAAACGUAGUGCGCACCAGUCAGUUGUUUUGAAACGGUCGUACAUUACAGUAGUUCUGCUCGUGUGCGGUUAAUUUAGUGUUAUUAAUUUGCUUUGUACCUCGUGUACGGUCGACAUCGUGUUGAAAACUGAUAUCAGAUAAAUAUUUCUGUAAGGUGUGUGAGAUAAUUAUCAUAAAUCAUCAGUGAGAUUUGUAAGAACGUUUUGGUGAAAAAGUGAUUGUUGUUCGAGCGAUUUAGUUCUACUCGUAAUUCUUUAUUUUUUUUUCUUUUUUUUUUUU